AUGGCUGACACAAACAGCAAAUAUAAAGUUGUGAUGGUGGGGGAUUAUGGCACAGGUAAAACCUGCAUGCUCAUCAGACUCUCUCAAAACUUUUUCGACACUCAGCAUAAUGCAACAAUUGGUGCUUCGUUUUUGAAGCAAGUGAUUGAGACACCAAAUGGUAAGGUCGAGUUAAACUUGUGGGAUACUUCUGGAGACGAAAGAUUUAGAAGUGUGAUGCCAGUGUACUUCCGAGGUGCUACAAGCGCAAUAAUUGUCUAUGAUGUGACUCGCCGCGAUACUUUUGAGAGUUUGGAUUACUGGAUUGACUUGACCAAGAAAAGUGGGAGCGAAGAUAUUUCGAUUGUUCUUGUUGCAGCCAAAUGUGAUCUUGAGAAAGUAGUUUCUGAUGAUGAAGGGAAAAGGUAUGCUGAAAAAGUUGGGUAUCCCCUUGUUUUGUGUUCCUCAUACAGCGGACAAGGUAUCAGUGAAGUCUUCCAAAAAGCUGCUCUUGCUAAAGGAAAGGUUAAUCAAACUGGAGGGGCUACAAUUGGAGGUCCAAAUGACAAUAAAAAAGAAGGAUGCUGCUAA